CAAACGCCGUGGUUGAUGCAUUGAGCGGGAAGUCCGUUGUAGCCUUACAAACACAGAUUACGCGAGACAUGGACAAGCUUCAACUCGAAGUCAUCUUGAAGAAAAUUCGAAGCAACCUUUUAGGUGUAUUGACCAUACAACCUUUUAGGACAACGGCGAGAUCUAGAGUUUCGAUGAUUCGACAAAAGGUAAUCGAAGGAAAAAUGAUAGAUUUUUCCUUGGAUAAGAAGAUAUUUGGUGCUAUCGAAUAG